AUGUCGCUCCGAGCUUCCCGCACACUCUUCAACGAGGCCAAGAACUACGCUUCGUCCCACAGCUUCACCUACGUCGAGGGCAAAACCCCCUUCUGGCGAAAGUUCCGUCAGAUCUUCUCGGCCAACCCAGAGAUCUCAUCCGGUAUCCCUAGCAUCGAGUCGAACCGAUGGCCGCAACCCGCAUCGCGCCCUGAGCGCUCCGCCAUGCCACCAAGCGCCGCUUCGGAUCCCGCGAGCAACCUCUACCACACCCGAGACUUCCGACGCAAAUACCCCAAGCUCGAGAUGAUCACCCAGAAGGAUCUCACCACGCUUCUGCUGUCUUCCCCCAACGAGGACGGCACUCGCAGCUUGCAAGCGCCCGAGGAUGCUACCAACACCACCGCCCUCACGCGUCCUGCCGAUCUCGAGUCGCCCACCGCUUUCACCGAUGUGUUGGCACAAGUGCACAAGUCGUCCGACGCUUCGUCGCCAAGCUUCUACUCGGCUUCCAACCUGCCACCACGCCCUCCUUUCAAGCAGCCCCACCACAUCCUCAAGCUGCAGAAGGGCGCUGUUCCCCACGACCCUCAUGCUUACUACCCUGCAGCUCUGACCAUCGCCAGGCAUACCGAUGCUCUGCGCGCGUACACUGUGCGGCAGAAUCGACUAAGCUCCGAGAAGACCGCAGCGACCACAGCCCUUGUUUGUCGAUACCGAUCUGUUGCCGGAUUCUCCCUCGCCCUCCGCUUCUAA